AUAUGUUUAAAUUUUGUAUAAUUCCUCAGGAAAACAGACCGUAAAAACACAUCAAUUUCUUACACUUUUGGUCAUUUGAUUUGGUGUCCUCUGUUUUUCCCUCUUGCCUAUCAUUUCUGUGGGAACAGCAGAGCUAGUUUUGUGACCGAGCAAUGGACAGGAUCAACUCAAAUCUAUACCUACAGAACUGUUACAUAAUGCAAGAGAAUGAGAGGUUGAGGAAGAAAGCAGAGCUUCUGAACCAAGAGAAUCAAGCCCUUCUCAGUGAGCUCAAGCAGAGACUCUCUCAGUCCAACAACACCAACAGCCCGAGAGCCAACUCAAACUCCAUUCCUGAUCUCAAUCUCUGCUCUUCCUCCAACAACACAAAUGCUUCCAAAUCCAGCAAGAAGAAGAAGUGAAAACAGUGGCUUAAAGGACAUCAUGGCCCCACCACCUAGAAGAGACUCCACUUUGAUCAUCUUUUUUUUUUUUGGUUGUAAUAUCGUAGGAGUCAAAUAGUUGUAGUAGUUGUUGCAGUUUCUGUUAUAUUGGUUAUUGGGUAGUAGUAUCUAUAUGCACCAGGUUUACCUUUUCUAUACAUGUUUGGUUCUUUUAUCAUAUCUUCUAUUUUGGGGGUUAGAAUGAUGUUUUUUCUGAACUCAAAGCUGUACCAGCUAGAAAGAUAUAUAAUAUCUAGUAUUUA